AUCGACCUUCGUACUCUCUCUCUCUCCAUUUUCUUUCUAUCAAUCAGAUAGUCAGCGGCUGCACCUCUUUUUCUUUCUGUGUUUACACUGUCAUCUUGGUUGAUGGGUGAGUUUGCUUUCAUGGAAGACUGGGAUCUGCGAGCUGUGGUGAGCGGAUCCACUACUGAAGCUUUUGCAAAUAUCGUGAACAACCCACCAUCUCUGUUCACUCCUCUGAAUCUUGAACGAGAUGAGCUUUUUAGUUUCCCUGAAAUCUUUGAAUCCACAACUGAUUUUUAUAGACAGGAAGAAAUUUACGACCCCUUGUACCCUGUGUUGCACCAGCAGUCACUUUCCACCCAAAGCAACCUUAGUGUCAUAAGUUCUAUGUCUAUUCCCAUCUGUGAGGACGAAGAGCCAGAGAAACUGCAGAAGAAACACUCUCUUUCUGAAUCUGCUACUCCUGCAAGCAGAAGUGAUGAUGCUUCAGUGGCAGCCAAAUCAAAAGGGAGGAAGAAUCAGCAGAAAAGGGUGGUUAAACAUGUCAAGUCAGAUGGUCUCUCAUCUGAUAUGUGGGCUUGGCGCAAAUAUGGGCAGAAACCCAUCAAGGGAUCUCCAUAUCCAAGGAGCUAUUAUAGGUGUAGCAGUUUAAAAGGAUGCUUGGCAAGAAAACAAGUAGAAAGAAGUAGUACAGAUCCAUCAGUAUUCAUCAUAACCUACACUGCUGAGCACAGCCAUGCGCAACCUACUCGCAGAAAUUCCCUCGCUGGCAGAACCAGAAUUAAGUCCUCCUUGGCUAAACAAGCCGCAACCAAUGAACCCAACAUGUCAACAAUCGAAGAUAAAUGUUUGGAUACAGUUCCUUCUUCAAUGGCUUCCACAGAUCAAGAUGAAUUGCUGCGAGAUGUGAAAAUUAAAAAUGAAGAAGAAGACGAAGAAGAAGAAGAAGAAGACCAGGUUCUUGAAGAUAUUGGAAGCAAUGAAAUUGUCAUGCCAGAUAUAAUCUUCAGUGACGAUUUGUUUCCAAGCUUAGAGGAUUUUGAACAACUCCUUCUGGAUCAUCAUUCAGCAGCUACUGUUGUUUAGUCUUUGUUCAAUAAACGGCAUAUUCAUUUGAUUUGCCAAUCGCAGUGUACAUGAUCUUCCUUUUCUUUCCCACAUUCUUUUCUUGUAAUCUUUGAUUUGAAUAGUCCAUCCGCCUUCAAAAAGAUGGCUUUAGACAUCAGACAAGUGAUGAUAUAUACGUUGUGUUUUAAUAAUUAAACGUGUUGUUUCCUAGGGAAAUUGAUUUUACUUAA